AUGACUAAAGGCUCUGUCAUCGUAUUCUUCUUUGUUGAUGACACCAUCUGGGCAUACAAGAAAGCUGAUCAACAAAUCGCCAAGGAAGCUAUAGAAGGCUUGAAAAGUCGAUAUAAGAUGACACAGCUAGGCGAACCAAAGUGGUUCCUCGGUAUUCACAUCUUGAGAGAUAGGCGGAACAGAACAAUUUGGUUGACUCAAGACGCGUAUAUUGACAAAAUAGCGCACAAGUUCUCCAUUCAGCUAGACGGCAAGGUGCCAGCAACACCUAUGGGCCUAGAAGAAUUACUGAAAUCAGAGACACAAGCGACAAAGAAGUCAAUCGAAGUCUACCAACAGAAAGUUGGAUCCAUUUUGUUUGCAGCUGUAUCAACAAGACCAGAUAUCGCAUUCGCAGUCAGCCGACUAGCACGGCAUAAUCUGAAUCCAAGCGAUGCUAUGUACUAA